AUGUAUUCUGCGACACUCUCACGGCUCCUCGUGCUACUCUGCUUGUUUGUCGCCUUCCCAAUCUCCUCCUCCUCCCUUACACCAAACCAAAAGCCACUGAGCGAGACCGACUACCAUAAUUACCUUACGCAAUUCCACGAUCUCAACUCCCAGGUCUCAAUCCGAAUGACACAAUAUAACAUAGCCAUGACAAUACACAUGGGAAUCAUCGCAACCACACUCUCAUCUCUUUCAGAAACAGUGGAUGCGUUACUAUAUCAUCCGUUAGCCUUCGGGGACCUACUACACGACAUGACCAAGGAGACGAGAGAGAAAUUAGUCAAAAGCCUCUACCAGUUUCUGAACGACACUGCCAUACAGGUGACGGCCGAGAUGGAGGCAGGGUUCCCUAUUAUCGCACAACAUCUGGAUGCCAUCGAGACCGAGUCCCAGAACUUAGAUGCCUUCCUGGAAACUAUCGAGCACGAGUUUAUAAGGCUGAGGGAUUCUCUUCUGCAGCAUGAUCUCAUGGUUGAUCCUGCAGCUGUCCUAGAGAAGAGGAAGAGCAAGAACAGCGCUAUUGAUAUAAGCAGAGAACGAGAAGAAACAAUCAGAUGUAGCAUCCCUCCUCUACUUCUUACAUCACGCACCGACUGA